AUGGAUGAUAGAGUUCUAUGGAGAAUCGCACAGUCAUGCCAUAAAUUAGAAUAUUUAAAUAUUGUCUUUCGCACAAAGAUUAAUGAAUAUUCAAUUUGCGGUAUUAUUUAUUCCUCUCCAAAGUUCCAGCAUCUUGACAUUACUUUUUGUGAAAUUACUGAUAUAACAAUCAAAGAAAUUGCUAGUUCGUGUCUUAAUUUAAAAUAUCUCGAUUUGAAAGGAUGUGAAAGUAUUAGCAAAGAGACUGUAGAUCAGCUUGUUUUACUUAAUUCAAAUAAUCAUAUUGAAAUUUUUGGGAUCUAA